CUCGCAGCGUCCCGGAGCAGAGCCCAGAAGAUGGGGAACAGCCCCAGCCAAUCAGGCCAGAGCUGCCCUUCCCAGCUCCUCCCUCAGGAGCAAGCCAAGGUCGACCGGCUGUUUGAUGCCCUCGCUGCCCAUGGAAGCCACUCACACGGCUCCCCCCGGUCCUUCUCCCUGCAGGCGCUGAAGGCCCAUGUUGGGGGAGCACUCCCCGAGGCCAUGGUCACCCGGCUGUAUGACGGCAUGCGGAGGCUGGACUUGCCGGGCAGGCACCCAGGCCCCAGCGAGAGGGUCUCCCAGGCGCAGUUCACCGUGGCCAUGUCCCACCUGCUGAAGGGCAGCUCCGAGGAGAAGAGCCUGCUGCUGCUGAAGAUGGUGCCUGUCAAGGGCAGCUCUGUGAGGGCCAGGGACAUCCAGAAGUUCACAGAGGACCUGGUCAGCUCUGUGCUGCACGUGCUGGACUUCAGACAGGAGCUGAGGGGCUGGACGUGGAAGGAGACCCCGGGUACCCCCUCCAGGGUGCAGGUGAUGGCUGCCCAGCUGCUCUCGGAGAUGAGGCUACCAGACGGCAAGCAGCUUCUGGAGGCCAAGCAGCUGGACUGCAUGUGUGGCCAGGCCGAGGUCGAGGACUGGGUGUUCCGGGUCCCCCUCGUGGCCACGUUUCUGGGCGUGGUCAUCCGCCAAGGCCUCCAGGUCCUGACGGCAUCCCUCAGCCUAGCCGCUUUGAUCCCCAAGCGCCACGUGGACCCGGGGCAGGAGGUGGCGAGCCUGCUGGAUGUGCUGUCAGUCAUCUACCUCAACGGUCACCUGCCUCAGGAGCAUCGCCGCUGCUGGCGCCUGCUGUUCUCCUCCGAACUCCACGGGCACAGCUUCGCCCAGCUAUGUGGACGCAUCACCCGCCAAGGGCCCUGCCUACUCCUGCUCGAGGACCUCGCUGGCCACGUGUUUGGAGGCUUUGCGUCCUGCUCCUGGGAGGUCAAGCCACAGUUUCAGGGGGACAACAAGUGCUUCCUGUUCUCUGUGUCCCCACGCAUGGCUGUGCACACGUGCACUGGGUACAACGACCACUUCAUGUACCUGAACCAGGGCCAGCAGACGAUCCCAAAUGGGCUGGGCAUGGGCGGCCAGCAUGGCUACUUUGGGCUGUGGAUCGAUGUGGACUUUGGGAAGGGACACAGCAAAGCCAAGCCCACCUGCACCACCUACAAUAGCCCCCAGCUGUCCUCCCAGGAGGACUUCUGCUUCCACAGGAUAGAGGUGUGGGCCGUCGGGGAAGCAGAGCCUCAGCUGGCCAGCAGCAAAAAGAGCAUCCUGGAUGGGGACCCCGAAGCCACCGCCCUGCUGGAGAUCAGUGGGCGGGGCCGGCACAGCGAGGGGCUCCGAGAAGCCCCGGAUGACGAGUGAGGGGGGCCCAGGGGACUCGCCCUCGAGUUCUCGUAGCACCUUUGUCAGGAUGUGGUGGGCAGGAGACUUGAAGGCCAAUUGGUCCCCGGGGGCGGGAGCCCCAGCAGGUGCCGCGGUGGGGUUCUGAGAUAAGGCCCACCUUUGAAGCCGUGUCUCCACGCUGUUUAACUGGCUGUGCCAUGAACCACGUGGGCAGCAGAAGUGCCUGUUUCUGUCGGGGCCUUAAGUGGGCAGCCAGAGGGUCCCAGUGCCGGGGUGGCAUUGGCACCGGAGAAUGUGCUCUGGGGGUACAGAAGGUGCUGCGUGCAGCUGCUCGCCAAGGGCCCGGCGGUGAACCCACUGGGAGAAAGCCGAGGCAGAGCCCUUCUGUGAAGACCUACACCCUGGGAACCCUGCUGGGCAGGUUCCCGCGCCCCCCUUCCCUCCCUCCCCCCCUCUCCCGAGCCACUGGCAUGGGCUUGGCUGGGCACACCCAUAUUAACACGUGUGCAGCCAUGCAUGGCUCCUCUCUAACCAAACCCAUGUCUGGCUGGAACCUUUGGGAAACUGAUAGCCAGGCCUUUAUUCCGCGGCACCUCUGGGUGGCACGUCACUGAAUGCCUCGUGUCUGCACCACUGAGGGACAUCAUAACCUCUCCAGGCCUGUCCCAUGAGGUAGGGGGACUCACGUCUCUGUGCACGUGCCAGCUUUCAGACCCGCCUUGACACGCGCUCCUUCCCCACACCCCAUCAGUAGUACCCAAGUGUGGUCUGGAUCACCCCCAGGCUGGGCUCACUUAGACAUCCCUCCCACUGAAUCCCACAUGUCGAGAAUCACCUAGUUGAGGUGUCUGAGGAGCCGGGCCUCGGCAGAGCUGCUGUCUUCCAACCUGAAAGGCCCUCUAGCACACAGGGAGCCCCCCCACUCGCACCACCAGCCGUGAGCUCCAUGCUGGGGAAGCUGUGUCCAUGGGUCUCUAGAGACCCAGCCCUUCUCUCAUCUUUUGCUGUAAGUGCAGCCCCCUCUUGGGUCUCAGGAGGGCCUUUUAAAGGAAGUAGCCUUCAGGAGAAAGGUGCCCCCCACCCCGCCAGGUGGCCGGGAGAUGUGGGUGUGAGGGGAGGUGGGUCCAUGUGGCAGUUAGGGACCUUCCUUCCAAAGUGUUGGGACCAACAGGUCCGCAGGCCCAGCCGAGUUCGUCCAGUAUUCAAGGCCUCUACUGUGAACCCAAAGAUGUGUUUAGGUUUAUGCACCUCUACUGUAAACCCAAAGAUGUAUUUAGGUUUAUGCACCUCUACUGUAAACCCAAAGAUGUAUUUAGGCGUAGGGGUUAAGGUGGGGAGGGGAUUGUUUCUUCUGGAAUGUUCUCUACACCUAUGCAAUUAAAUACCUCGUUCCCCAAA